AUGUAUUUGUCAAGAUUCCUGUCGAUUCAUGCCCUGUGGGUUACAGUGUCCUCAGUGAUGCAGCCCUACCCUUUGGUGUGGGGACAUUAUGACGUGUGUAAGACUCAGAUUUACACAGAAGAAGGGAAAGUCUGGGAUUACAUGGCCUGUCAGCCGGAAUCCACGGACAUGACAAAAUAUCUGAAAGUGAAACUGGAUCCUCCGGAUAUUACCUGUGGAGACCCUCCUGAGACAUUCUGUGCAAUGGGCAACCCCUACAUGUGCAAUAACGAGUGUGACGCGAGCACCCCCGAGCUGGCGCACCCCCCCGAGCUGAUGUUCGAUUUUGAAGGAAGACACCCCUCGACAUUUUGGCAGUCUGCCACUUGGAAGGAGUACCCCAAGCCUCUCCAGGUUAACAUCACUCUGUCUUGGAGCAAAACCAUCGAGCUCACGGACAACAUAGUUAUUACCUUCGAGUCGGGGCGCCCGGACCAGAUGAUCCUGGAGAAGUCUCUGGAUUACGGACGCACGUGGCAGCCCUAUCAGUACUACGCCACGGACUGCUUAGACGCGUUCCACAUGGAUCCCAAGUCCGUGAGGGAUUUGUCACAGCACACGGUCCUAGAGAUCAUUUGCACAGAAGAGUACUCCACGGGGUAUACGACCAACAGCAAAAUCAUCCACUUUGAAAUCAAGGACAGGUUCGCGUUUUUCGCGGGACCUCGGCUACGCAAUAUGGCUUCCCUCUACGGACAGCUGGACACGACCAAGAAACUCCGAGAUUUCUUUACAGUCACAGACCUGAGGAUAAGGCUGUUGAGACCAGCCGUUGGGGAGAUAUUUGUCGAUGAGCUGCACUUGGCGCGCUACUUUUACGCGAUCUCAGACAUAAAGGUGCGAGGAAGGUGCAAGUGUAAUCUCCAUGCCACUGUGUGUGUGUAUGACAACAGCAAAUUGACUUGUGAAUGUGAGCACAACACUACAGGUCCAGACUGUGGGAAAUGCAAGAAGAAUUAUCAGGGCCGACCUUGGAGUCCAGGCUCGUAUCUCCCUAUCCCCAAAGGCACUGCAAAUACCUGUAUCCCCAGUAUUUCCAGUAUUGGUAACUGUGAAUGCUUCGGCCACUCCAAUCGAUGCAGUUAUAUCGAUCUGCUAAACACAGUCAUUUGCGUGAGCUGUAAACACAACACUAGAGGGCAGCACUGUGAGUUAUGCAGGCUGGGCUACUUCAGAAAUGCUUCUGCACAGCUGGACGAUGAGAAUGUGUGCAUAGAGUGUUAUUGUAACCCUUUGGGCUCAAUCCAUGAUCGUUGUAAUGGCUCAGGAUUUUGUGAGUGUAAGACUGGAACGACAGGGCCUAAGUGUGAUGAGUGUCUGCCGGGAAAUUCCUGGCACUACGGCUGUCAACCGAAUGUCUGCGACAACGAGCUCCUGCACUGCCAGAACGGAGGGACAUGCCACAACAACGUGCGCUGCCUGUGCCCCGCCGCAUACACGGGCAUCCUGUGCGAGAAGCUGCGCUGCGAGGAGGCGGGCAGCUGCGGCUCCGACUCGGGCCAGGGGGCGCCCCCGCGGGGCUCCCCGGCCCUGCUGCUGCUGCUGCUGACCGCGCUGCUGGGGACAGCCAGCCCCCUGGAGUUCUAA